GAACCAGUGGGGUGGCCCUGACUCCCGCCUCAAGGCCGAUAACCUCGCCACCGAUAUCCUCUCCUGGUUCACUCAAUCCAGAGAACCGCUUUAUAUUGAUGACUUGGAGGACAAACUCUAUGAUGGGAUGAUUUCGCUCAAUGUAGUAGUUGAGGAUGGCAGCACUGAAGAGGUAGCUGAAAAUCUAAUGGUUAUGCACGAGGAAUGCUUAGAAGGAAACUUUGUGACCAUUGAGCGUUAUAGGCAGGCCAUUGUUAACCAAGCUGCGCAUCCUCGUGCAGUGCCACAGAUUGUGAAUGAUAAGGAUGAUGAUGAGGAUGAGGAAGAUGAUGAUGUCCAAAGUGGUCAAAAUGGUGAAAGUAGUGCUAGGCAAGCUACUUCUUCAAACAUGGAUGUGGACAUUCCAAAAUCUGAAUCAAACAUGAGUUCAUGUAACAUGCGGAUUGAUGAUGAGCCUCUAAAAAAGGAUGCAGGUGAAGCAGAGGAUGGAUGGGUUGUAGUUUCAAAGAAAAAAAAUAAGGUUAGAAAAAAUUAGACGAAGAAUAGUUCAAAUUUUCCUUUAGGAUGGUGCAAUAUUCUUCUGGGUUUUUUACCUCAAAGCUAAUUAAUUUUUGUUUGCUUAUUUAAAGGAAUCAAUCCUCUAAGCCUGAGGUCUUUAAAAAUAGUAAAAUACCUCAACGCUAACAUUCCUAAUAUUAUAUAUCCUUUAGUUUUCGCAACCAUUAUGCGAAAUAUGAAAGUUCAUUUCGAAUACUUAUGUUGAAAGCCUUGAAUUGUGUUA